GCCCGACAAACGCGCAUCACCGGUGCGCUCGUGCAUCAGCGAUCGCAAUUGCACUGUUUUGCAAACCCUCUACCAACACUUGCAGCAGCCUGACACUGCAAGCCGCAACCGCGUGACGAUGCGGACGCUCUGGACACUAUGCCUCGCGGCAACAACGGCAAGCGCGCUGCGUGGCAAAAACAAGCAGCAACCGCUGACCACGACGCAAACGCUCGUCGCGGGUGGCGCCAGCAGAGCCGCGGCGCAGCUAUUGAUGUACCCCGCUGAUGCCUUGCGGACGCUAGCACAAACUAGAACUGGCGCAAAGACGCUGGCGGAACUAGGCGCCAAGACGCUGGUGAAUGGCUGCGUUUUCACCUCUUGCUUCGCGUUUCCAGUGGGCGCGAUACAAUUCGCAGUGCUAGGUAGGGCAAGACGAGCGAUCGCCCGGCGGCAGCCGAAGACGCCGUCGACGCUGGUCGAUGUCCAGGCGUCGGCUUGUGCGGCGCUGGCGUCGUGCUCCGUCACUGUGCCGCAAGAGGUCCUGAAACAAAGAUUAGUAGCCGGCAUUUACCCCAACGUUUUCGCCGCUGUCAAAAACAUUGCGAGGACGGAGGGCCCAAGAGGCUUUUUCGUGGGCGCGUUGCCGACGGCCGCGCGCAAUGUGCCGUUCGUAGUCGUUACCUUCACGGUGUAUGGCGCUUUGUCUGCGUGGCGCGGUGAGGCCAAGAGCACCGCCGAAUCUCUGGGCCGAGGAGUGACCGCGGCCCUCGUGGCGGGUGUCGUGACACAACCUGUAGAUGUAGUGAAGACCCGCAUGAUGACCCAGGCGGCGUCUAGUUUGCCACCCUACAAGAACGUCGGCGACUGCAUCGCUACCAUCGCGCGAGACGAGGGUCCUCGGACGUUUUACACCGGCCUACCGCAACGCUCGGCUUACAUGGGACCGCUCUGGGCGCUCCAGUUCGCCGGCCACGACUACCUCACGAAGGUGUUCCGUCGCCGCAACGCUCGUCGCGACACUCGUAGCCGAAAGGCCUAGCUCGCCCGCUCGUCGUCCGUACGUUAAUAACAAGUUAGACA